AUUGAUAAACCUGGGCUUCCUCGUAAAUAACCCACAUAUCAGUAACCCACAUAUUAGUCAUACUUUUCUCACAAACACACUCAAAAAAAACUUCAACCAUGGCAAAUGAGCAGCUAAUAUUACUUGAUUUCUGGGCAAGCAUGUUUUGUAUGAGACCCAAAAUAGCAUUAGCUGAGAAAAAUGUCACUGAUUAUGAUUGCAGAGUGGAAGAUCUUAUGGGUGACAAAAAAAGCUCAUUGUUGCUAGAAAUGAACCCUAUUCACAAAUUAAUCCCCGUUCUAAUCCACCAUGGAAAACCCAUUUGUGAGUCAUUGAUAAUUGUGGAGUACAUUGAUGAAGUUUGGAAAGGGGAAAUUCCCUUAUUGCCCUCUGAUCCUUACCAGAAAUCUCAGUCUAAAUUUUGGGCUGACUUGGUUGACAAAAAGUUUUAUCCAGCAAGUAAAACAUUGUGGAGAACAAAGGAAAGCACCGAAAGAGAGACAGCUAAAUCAGAGUUCAUUGAAAGUCUGAAGUUGUUAGAGGAAGAACUUGGAGAUAAAUGCUACUUCGGAGGUGAUAACUUUGGGUUCGUGGACAUCGCUCUUAUUCCAUUUUACUCCUGGUUUGAUACAUAUGAAAGUUGUGGCGAUUUCAGUAUUGAGGCAGAGUGUCCUAAGAUUAUUGCUUGGGCGAAACGUUGUGAACAAAGAGAUGCUGUAAAGAAAUCUCUUCCUGAAAUGCACAAAGUUUCUGAACUGAUCUUGGGGGCAAGGAAACAACAUUUGGGAAUCGAGUAACUGGAAGUGCUGAACUUUGUAAGAAAUUUACAUUCUUACUUAAGAGGCAGCUUUGUUUUAUGUACUAAAAAAUCAUGAAUGUAGUUAUCAACAAGACCAUGUAAUACAAUCUAUAAUUCUAUAUAUGAAUAAACAUCUUUGUUUUCAGCAUUUCGCUUGCCUGGAAUAGAGUAAUUGAGUAAAAUCCCAAUUAUGAAUUAACAUACUGUACUAAUAAAAAAAAAAAA